AUGCACCUCUCCAUCUACACCCCUCCUCACCAACACACCUCUCCAUCUACACACCUCCUCACCUAUACACCUCUCCAUCUACACCUCUCCAUCUACACACCUCCUCACCAACACACCUCUCCAUCUACACACCUCCUCACCAACACACCUCUCCAUCUACACACCUCUCCAUCUACACACCUCCUCACCAACACACCUCUCCAUCUACACACCUCCUCACCUAUACACCUCUCCAUCUACACACCUCUCCAUCUACAAACCUCCUCACCUACACACCUCUCCAUCUACACACCUCUCCAUCUACAAACCUCCUCACCUACACACCUCUCCAUCUACACACCUCUCCAUCUACACACCUCCUCACCAACACACCUCUCCAUCUACACCUCUCAAUCUACACACCUCUCCAUCUACACAUCUCCUCACCUAUACACCUCUCCAUCUACACACCUCUCCAUCUACACACCUCCUCACCUAUACACCUCCUCACCUAUACACCUCUCCAUCUACACACCUCCUCACCAACACACCUCUCCAUCUACACACCUCCUCACCAACACACCUCUCCAUCUACACACCUCUCCAUCUAAACACCUCCUCACCUAUACACCUCUCCAUCUACACACCUCCUCACCUAUACACCUCUCCAUCUACACACCUCCUCACCUAUACACCUCUCCAUCUCCACACCUCCUCACCCACACACCUCUCCAUCUCCACAUCUCCUCACCCUCACACCUGUCCAUCUCCACACCUCUCCAUCUCCACACCUCCUCACCUCCACACCUCUCCAUUGCUACACCUCUCCAUCUACACACCUCCUCACCCACACACCUCCUGAUCUACACACCUCUCCAUCUACACACCUCUCCAUCUGCAUACCUCCUCAACUUCAGAUCUACAUUGUCUUGCCAAAUGGAAUAA